UUGCAGGAAAUAAUUAGGAAAAGAAUCCUAGCAGGAUUAAUUUGUUGGUUUUAAUUUUUUAUCAUUCCCUUCCUCUCAAUCCACACGUAUUCUUCACCAUUUCUCUUAUAUGUUUAAACUCCAUUCUCAAUCUUCUUCCCACAGCUACUGAGUCAAGAGAUGGCAAAUCUUAAUGUCGUUUUACCUAUUCUGAUAAUUUUUCUCACCGUUUCAUCAGAGAUGAAAGUGAUCGAAUGUGCUCGAAUUUUUACUAUAAUAAACUAUUGCAAAGAGACAAUCUGGCCUGCAAUUUUCCCAGGCGAAAAUUUCAAUGGAGGCGGAUUUGCAUUGCGAUCAGGUCAAGCCAUUGUGUUCGAAGCCCCCGUGGGCUGGGAUGGCCGGAUAUGGGCUCGAACAGGUUGCAAAUUUGACAAAAAGGGUAACGGAUCAUGUGAAACUGGAGCCUGUGGUUCAUCACUCAAGUGUCAAGCUUCAGGUCAAACACCUGCUUCACUAGCUGAAUUCAAUCUUCCAGGAGGACUGGAUUUCUAUGAUGUUAGCCUUGUGGAUGGAUUCAAUUUGCCAAUAGUUGUUACACCAAUUAAUGGUAAAGGAAAUUGUACUGUUGGUGGUUGUGACAUGGACUUAAGGACCAAUUGCCCGUCGGAGCUCGCCGUGAAGUCCAACGGAAAAGUUAUUGCUUGCCGGAGUGCUUGUGAUGUGUUCAAUACUGAUGAGUAUUGCUGUAGAGGAAUCUAUGGAAAUUCGGUAACAUGUAAACCCACAUUUUAUUCCAAGAAGUUCAAGGAAGCUUGCCCUUCUUCUUAUAGUUAUGCAUAUGAUGAUCCCACCAGCGUUUUUACUUGCACUGGAACUGAUUAUAUCGUCAGCUUUUGUGCAUUCAGGAAUCAACAAUCUUGCACGUAUCAUGAUCACAAGCUUGUUUGCGGCGGUGGAUCUCAUUCUCAAGGAUUAAAAUUGUCGAUUGGAAGAUGGUGGCUGCUAGUGCUUGCUCUGCCAUUAAUGGUUAAUUGGUGGAUUGUAUAGUAUUAAGACACAUUUUUUGGUUUUUGAUUAUUAAGAUUUGUAUUAACGACUAGUCAAAUGAUAUGUUCGUUCUCUUUGCUAGAGAAAUGUCUAAUUCAUUUUUUAAAUGAUUAAUAAAAAUAUCAUGAAUAAAUUAAUUUUUCAAA